CACACACACACAUAUACAGUGUAUUUGUAUGGGUCAGUUCUCUCUUUCUGUUUGAGCGAGUGUUGGAGUACAGAAGAGAGUGUAUGUAUGACAGAAGAAGUAUAGCACUGUGUACAGACCUGUAGACUUAUUACUCUUUAUGUGUGAGGGGAUCAUUCUAACUCGGGACUUUGAAGAAAGGUGGGCACGCAACAGUAAUGGGAGACUGGAGCUCGCUUGGGAAGCUUUUGGAAAGUGCCCAGGAACACUCCACGGUGGUGGGCAAAGUCUGGCUCACCGUACUCUUCAUCUUCCGGAUCUUGGUGCUCGGUGCUGCCGCAGAGAAGGUUUGGGGCGAUGAGCAGUCCGGUUUCACCUGUGACACCAAACAACCUGGUUGCCAGAACGUAUGCUACGAUAUAACCUUCCCGAUCUCUCACAUCCGAUUCUGGGUGCUUCAGAUCAUCUUCGUCUCCACUCCGACACUGAUCUACCUGGGCCACAUCCUGCACCUGGUGCGCAUGGAGAAGAAACCAAAACACAACGAAGCAGGCGGGACGGACAAACAGGCACUUUUGAACACCAAAUCUGGAAGAGGUCCCAUACGUGACGAACAGGGGAAGAUCCGUCUGCAGGGAGUCUUGUUACGCACGUAUGUCUUCAACAUCAUCUUCAAAACACUGUUUGAGGUGGGCUUCAUUGUGGCACAGUACUUCCUGUACGGAUUCGAACUCAAGCCACUGUAUACCUGCAACAGAUGGCCCUGUCCCAACACCGUCAACUGCUACAUCUCACGACCUACAGAAAAAACCAUCUUCAUCAUAUUUAUGCUGGCAGUGGCCUGUGUUUCUCUGCUGCUCAACCUGGUGGAGAUGUACCACCUGGGUUUCACUAAAUGCCACCAGGGUCUUCGAUACAGGCGCUCUCAUUCUGUCUGCGACACUGAAUCUAAAGCACCUAGUGAGGAUGUGGUGGUUCCGUUUGUGCCAAACUACCCGUAUUUUCCACCUCACGCACCGCCUCCGGCACCUUUUCCCACAGAGCCACACUUCAACCUCUCAGAACCCGACGGAACCUUCCCGCAAAACAGCAGCCGCUCCGCUUAUAAGCAGAACCGCGAGAACAUGGCUGUAGAGCGCAGCGGGAAACCGGAUGCUGCAGAUUUCAAAAUCAACAAAACUAAUUCUGUCCCCGGAUCACCAAGCCAGCAGCGCAGGCCCAGCUAUUCAAGUCGAUACAGCAACAACAAGACCAGGAUGGAUGACCUCAAAAUCUGACCAGACACAAACAAGACUCCAACUAGACUCUGAGCGCAUGACAAGAAUAUUAGUGUCAUUAAGAAUGACAUCAGAAUCAGGGAGUCCGAAUGUAAACUGGUGUGAUGCUUUACUUGAAUUCAUUUUGUGGGAACAUUGCAAUAACUUGAUCAUUAAUCGAAAAGAUUGAUGAUUGAAUCAUAAACUAAAAUCAUAUGGAAGCUUUGCUUUGAUAAAUCCUAAUUGGUAAGUCAAAAAGUAGAGAUUAUGAUACAUUAAGUCAUAAUUAUGACAUAAAAAGUCAAAAUGAUGUCAUAAAUGAAAUUAUGAAAUACAAAUCAUGGCAUAAAAAGUUGAAAUUAGGAGUCAUUAUGACAAAUUUCUACAUAAUAAAAAAAAUUAUUAUAAUUUCGACAUUUUGAUUUCCAAAAUUAUGAUCUGAUCUCAUUUUUUUCCCCAGAAUUUCAACACUAUAUGUCAUAAUCAUGAUAAACUAAAAUAUGUAUUUUUUUCUAAUGUGUAUGGCGGAGAAGGUCUUUCAUAAGGAUGAUCACUUAAAAUGAAUUAAAGGAGACUUACGGGUAAAAUGUGAAUGUUUGAAACUUGUGAGGUUUUUAAGGGGCAGACUUACUGGAGGAAAACUAAUUUAUAUUUUUUCAGUGGCAACAUUAAUCACAUUUUACAAGUCAACAGCUUACAACAGUUUCAUCAGCUAGACUUGGCUGAAUGUCUUUACCAGGUGUUUACAGUGUGUCUAUGGCCUGUUUAAAAAUUGUACAACCAGAGAACUAGUACUGUAUGAAUGUACUAUCCACACAUUCUCAUGUUAACAUGAAUGAUAUAAAGAAA